AUGGCAAAGCCACGGGCUCUGACUCAUCCUGUCCGCCAGCUCAUCAUUCUGAGCUUCAUCCCGAACCUUGUUCUUUCGGUAGUCAAUUCGGUGAUUUCAGGAAUGUGGCCGAUCGUGGGCUUGCCGAUUCUGGCCUUCUCUACUGCUAUCUGUGCCGGCUUGCUCCUCCGCUACCGCCGCCAAACAGAAGACACCCCAGAUUCAAUCAAGCUUCAGCGACAGGCUCGGUGCAUUUCUAUCACGAUCUUGGUAUUUGACGCCGCUUGCGCAGUUGGCAUACUGGCUAUUUUGGUUUUCACAUGGAGGAGUCUGGCUGGACGUGAGUCUGGUCAAGUCACCUUGACGACAUAUGCAACCAUCCAAUAUCUCUUCGCCUUCUUUAAUCAUAGCUAUCUCGCCGUCCUAAAUCUCGGCGACUUGAUUGGCCCCGGGCGUCCAGUGAGGAACACACAGCAGCAGAUGUGUCCCCAAUGCGAUCUACACCUUCAAGCCCCGGUGGCGAGUCUGAUUCCAGGAUUCAGCCAUUUCAGAAGUCAUCGGGAGUGCUACAGGCCUGUCACGGGCGAGACCGAGCGCUUCUUUGAUGCGCCCGACUUCGAUUACGACCUUGAUGCUGAUGACGAUGAGGAUGCUAGAGUUAUCGGACAGGGGUUAUUAGCACAAUGA